UCGACUGUGCCAUAUAUCGUGUUAAAAGCGUAAAAGAGGAAGAGAAAAUUAAGACUGACCGCGAUCGCACGGAUCAAACAUUUCCAUUUCUACUUGAAAACGGAGAGAAAACGAAUCGACAACGACGAGGACAAUCGAAUCACUAAUUUUAUAUCCAGCGAUUUAUUUCACACGAUUACUCAUCGAUAAAAAAGAAAAAAAAAAGGAAGAUGUGUGCUUGAAACCUCUAAGUUACUAUUAAAAAUUCAACAAACCAAUCCGAACGCAUGUAAGGACAGACAUGGUAGAGGUAAAAUAACAAGAGACGAUAAGAAAUAAGAAAUGUUACUUUUUAAAGCUCAUUAUAUUUUCUACUACGCGUUAUAUACUGUGAUUCUAUCAAAGGAACUUUGUAAAUGGAAAUAAAAAUUUUCAAUCAUACUUUCAGCUGUUCUUUAUGUUUGCGCAUUCCAACAUUAUUUUUUAAAUAGAUAUAUAUCCCACCUGAAGUUAGUUUUAGAUUCACUUUACGUUCAUUGCACGUUCAUAGGAAGUAUAUUUAUAAAAAAAAAAAAAAGAAAAAAAAAACUGCUUAUAUAGAUACGUAUAUUUUUGUUUUGUUUAAAUAAUUUCAAAAUAAAACUUUUCAUACCUUUAUUUCACCCAUUAAAAAUUUCAUCUUCCUCUGGAUCCCCUCAACGAUUUUGAUCAUAGGACGUGUACAAGCUUCAAUGAUACAUUUAUUACAUAUGUAAUAUUUGGGAGCGUAAAGUUCAAAUGUCUAUUUGUUUUAUAGGAAGGACGAUUGGUUGAAUAAUAAAUAAAUAAAAAAAUAAGAAUACUCGGUUAUUUAUAUCUGAUUUCACUUUAUUGUUUUUCUCAGCCAGUAAAAGAGUUUUGGAUUCUAGUUUUGAACGUAGCACACAUUGAUAUAUUUUUAUAUAAACAUAGCCGGAAACUCGUCUAUUUUAGUAAAAAUUUCAUGUAAAAUCUUUCAGGAGCGUACAAUAGAUUUGUAUUAAAGAGAUGAGAAUCAGUAUUAUGUAUAACACACACUGUAGUAGUAGAUACACAUCUACACGUUUCUAUAGACCUACGAGAUAAUUGGUAUCGCUAUAAAUAUUCUGGUUAUACACAUCGUACAAACGGUUAGUACCAAUCCCACAGUUAUAACAAAAUGAUGAUAAGAAUUCACGAUUAUCGUAUUCUAAACACAAGCAGCAAAAUGAUGUAUACUACCGUCAAGCCAUCAAGAUAUAUAAGAAAUCAUUGACGAUUAAAUCGCAAACUUUAUAGCUGAUAGUAAUUAUUGUUUCAUGUGUGCCUUAUUUGGUUUGUGUACAUUUAUAGAUAGAUAGAUAUAUACAUAUAAGUAUUUAUACAUAAGUAUAUAUAAAUUUACUUAUAUAUAUAUGUAUGUAUGUAUGUAUUAAUGUAUAAGCACGUCACGCAGUUGUCGUAUAACGAGCAACAUGUAUUUAAAAAGAUAGAUAGAUAUAUACAUACAAGUAUUUAUACAUAAGUAUAUAUAUAUAUAUAUAUAUAUAUAUAUAUAUAUAUAUAUACACGUAUGUAUUAAUGUAUAUGCAUGUUACGGAGUUGUACAACGAACAACAAACACACUACCGGGUUUUUUGUUCUUUUUCUUUUUUAUGAAAAAACAAAGUCGUUUUAUCCAGUAAUCCAACGAGACAUUUAAGAGUUUAUCUCUAGACGAAAAUACACCGAGCUUUUUCUGCUAAAGUCUAAUGCGAUAUUCGUGAGUUAUUCGUACAAGUAUAGUAUCAUAUGUUUGGAAUUAAUAUUACCAGUCGAUUAUGCAUAUGUUAAACUAAUCACUUAAUCCAGCCUAUCGUUACAACUAUUACCUUGUUGAACGAUAUUAUAAUAUUCUAUUUCGAAUGCUCUCUGUGUGCGUGCGUAUGUGUGUUUUGUGUGUGUGUGUGUGUGUGUUAUUCGAAGAAAUGCAAAAGCAAAGAUAUCAUCAUUACUUGAGAUCUUAUCAUGCAAUCAACCAGUGCUUCCCGCUUUUUUAUUUAGCAUAAAACGGGCGAAUGUUUUGAUGGGUAAACUUUCAAUAGUUUUUUUUUGUUUUUCUCGAACGGUAGAUAAGAUUUUAAAUGUUCGUUCCUAAAAGGAUACACAUUUGAUCGCUUUUUGUUUCUUUUAUCAGCGAAAAGAUAACGAGAAUGUUCUCGAUUAACGAGAAACUAUCUCCCCCAAUUGUCUCGGGACUGUUGUGCAGUUUUUAAGCAAUAUCGAAAGUCGCACUUGCCGCUAAUGGAUAUAGAUUUUCGCAGCACAAGGAGCAUCUUAAUAGAUAGUAGAUAUUAUCUUUUAGUAUACGACGAUAAUUGCUUUUAUAUUUCGUAACUAACGAAUAAAGAAAAUGUUAAACACUGUUUUCAUAAACUAACAAAUACACUCAUCAAACUCAUUAUUUUCUUUUUUUUUUUUUUUUCAUUUUUUUACUUUUUUUUUGGCGACGACUCCUCGUCCAUUUUCUUUGUUUUUCUCUCUCUCUCGACAUAACAUUAAAAGAAAAAGAUCUAUUGGAGAGUAAUGUUAGUAUUUUACGAUCAUCAAGCUGUCACACGUAUUCGCACCUAACUAAGGAAAUGCUCUUCCGUCCUCUUUUUCUUUUUUGUUUCAGAGAAGAAUUAUAUGCGCUACAUAUACCUAUAUUAUCUUAUCCAGUUUGCUAUUUUCUUAUCAAUUUACCGAUUAUUAUGAUCUUAAAUCGGUAGCCCGUUAAUAUGUCGCAAGGUGUUACCCGUUGACCUAAUUAUAAGAAAAUAGUCUUAGCGACUUGUUCGUAUAUCGAUAUGAUUAUUAACGUAUGAAAAAUUAGACAUCGAAACUCUUAACUCUCGAUUAGAGAGAAUAACCUAAAUAACAUGUAGAGCGUACUCUUACAUGCAUAGAAGAGUAAUACUCGGGAGCAUUGCCAAGUGAAGGUAAUCUAUGCGAUAAAGUGAAUUAGCUGGACGAUAUUCUAAAGGAUGAAACGAAGAGAAAAGGAUUGAUAACGACAGAGAUAAUUAUACGUAUGGUUUUAUAUGUGUAUAUAUAUAUAUGUUCUGCGAUACUAUUCCUCCAUAACGAGUAACUUUUAGACUUUCUCAGUAUUAAAAGCACGCGUCUUAUUCUUUUCUCUCUUCUUAUUUCCGUUUGUUUAUUUUUAUAUCAAAGGAUGAUAAAGAAAGUGAGACUCUUUUUCUCUUCUCUCUAGCACUUUUUCUCCUCUUUUAAAGGAAAAUUGAUAUUACGUAGCUUUACCACCAUGCUCGUCACUGUGUAUUUUUCAUUUUGUUUCCUCCCCGAUCUCUAUUCCGAUAUGUUUGUAUCAUUAACUUAAGAAUAGAGGAAAAAGCGAUGACACAAUGAAACAUCGUUUCUUAUUUUCUUCCAAAUUGGAGAAUACUGUCAUCGUGUCGUCCCUCGUAAGAUUCUUACUAACGUGUUGGAAGGCGGGGGAGGGGAGGGGAUAGAGAAACGAGAUCGAUCGAUACGACGACAGAUCGCGCGUAUCGAUUAAAUAUCCGUAGAUCGCAUGCUAUCUCAAAGGAUUAUCGAUGCAAUGCGUUGUUACUGACGUACGCGAGAGAAGCCAUUCGCGUUUCUAAAAAGGAACCCCAAAAUGAAAAACGACGUUGUCUGUCGAUGGAAUCAGAGUUGCGGGGGUGGUAGGUAGCUGACGCGGUACGUAUUUCUUCGCGACGAUUAGUAGGAAUGUAUUUUUAGAAGGGUAAGUCAGUCGGUAUACGCGUCACGUGACAUUUUAGGGAAACGUCAGGCGCCCGCCCCUUCUCUCCAUUUCGAAAGAUCGAGACGCGGACUAUUUAAGCUCCCAGCGCGCUUUUGCCGAUGCGAAUUAGAAAGUGAAAUCACAAUUUACUGGGACCCAUUGGGAUUCGUUCGACCGUCCAUAUCGUUUCUCUCUACUCAUCUUCCCAAGUGUUUAGAAUUCACCGUUCUGUCCAGAAAAGAAAGAACAGAAAAGCACGGUAGUACGAACUUUUUUCUUGCAUGUUGUUCUUCUUUCCACGUUCCCCUUUUACAUUUUUCCUUCUUCGCUUACUUCCUCCAAUUUCUUUCUUUUUUUUUUUUUUUUUGUAUUUUUUAUUGUUUGUUAUCGUUCUUUUUUAUUUUUUAUUGUUUGUUAUCGUUUUUUUUUGUUUUUUUUUGUUUUUUUUUGCAUUUUAAUUAUUUUUUCGUGUAUUUAUUUAUUUAUUUUUUUUUCCCCUCUUUACUCUCUUUACAUUUCGAUAAUAAGUUUUAGCUUGAAUCGCUUAUACUUGCAACGUAGCUGUAAUUAUUAUUUCGAAAGGAUGUCUAUCCCCCUAUUCACUUAUUUUAUCGAAUUCUCCUUAACUCUUUUUCUCUGUUCAUGGUUUAUUAUCUGCUCGAUAAAGUAUCCUUCAGAUUGAUUUUCUCUUUCUAAUUGUAGUCCAUAAUCUCGUUUGAUCAACAUCAAAUUAUUAAUGUUAACUUUUACAUGUUAUUAUAACAUUCUGUAUUCGUAAUCACGAAAAAAUCGUUUGUCACAUAUUAGAUAGCUUUCGGACGAUAAAGACGACUGGUUAUAUCAUCACGGUGUCUCACAAUAAGUCUAAAGCUAGUAUGUAAAGAUACUCGGAGAUUAUGUUGUUAAAGUUAAGAAACCGAAAAAGUUCACAUUUUUCGUUUCCAUGAUGAUUCUAAAACCGUCAGAGAAAAGUAACUUUCGUCGAACAAACCGCCUACUGUUCCCGAUGAUCACACGUUCGAGGAAUGUUAGUAAUAUAUAUCAUUGACGGAUAACGCAUCAUCUUUAACAAAAUCCUCUUCCGGAUCUUGAUAUUGAUCUUUCAUUAUGAGAAAAUGGAUUUCGUCAGGUUUGGUUCAUCUCUUCUUUCAAAGGAUAUAGAAGCGACAAUGAUGAUAAAACAUUCAAACUUGUAAAUACUCUUUCUCUCUUCUUUUUUAUUUUUUUAAUAGUCUUAUUCAAGUAUAACGUAACGUCGCAAAUCUUUAUCGUUGUCGAGCUAUAAUAUGCGUUUAUCUUACUUCCUUUUUCAAAUGUACCAUUAAAACCAUUUUACCGGAAAAACACGUUAAGAUUUUACACAUUCUUUUAUCCGACAAUGACUUAUCUCGAAAAGCUAAUCCUUACGUUCGCAAUCUCCCUUAAGUGUACUAAAAACUAUUCUAGAAACAACAUUUAAAUUCUAUAGCAGAAUACGCGACCGAUAAUUCGAUGUUGACACUUCCUCGUCGGUUUUCUUUUCGACUUUUAAACAUUCGUAUAGCUUGGUAACACGACUAAUGUUGAAUCAUGUUAUUGAUUCAUCUUACGGAAUGAUAAUUAGUCGGUUUAAUCAUUUCGUUGGUCGAUCGAUUGUCCGCCGAUCAAAAGUUUUCUUCCUGAUGAAUUAUCGAUCUACGCGCUUUUAUCUUGCGUGUGUGAUCGGGUGAAUAAAACUUAUAUCUAUAUAUAUAUGUGUAUAUAUAUAUAUAUACACAUACAUAUAUAGAUAUAUAGAUUUAUCGUCGUACUAUAUUUAUUUCGAGCUCAAACUCAACGAUAUUUAUCGUUGAUUGGUUCUUAUAAUACGUAACAUAACGAGAGUGUAAACCCUGAAAACGUAUCUACUUGAAUACAGAAAGCAUCGAUCGAUAUGUGAGCGGACUUAUACGAUGAUUAAAAACACGAUGGAACUUUUAAAAAAUAUUCUACAUUGUUUCUAAUAAAAGAAUAAUUAAUAUAAAGAAGAUAAUAAUUAUCCUAUCGUGGAUUAAAAGAAUUAAUAAUGAUAAUCGACAUUUAAGGAAUAAAACUAAGAAAUACUUUAGAAACGGGGACGAUGAUACCCACAAUUCUAAAUAAGCGAUAGACAUUAAACAUUGCGUCAGGAUGCAUUGCGUAUGAUCAGAUAACAAGAUUAGUAGAAAGAGCCUUAAUUGAAUAAAAUUACCAUCCUAAUUGUGCGCGCGAGUAGUAACUUUUAACGUUCUAAAUGUAAGUACGUUAAACUUUAUUAUAUCGAAAGAGAAUUUGCGAAAAGAUAAACAGAAUUUUUAUUCUAUUAUUCGUAAAUAUGAUAAUCCCUAAUCGUAACGCUUAUAUAAUAAUAAUAAUAAUAAGCGAAAUAACAUCUAAUUGUUUUUGCAUUGGAAUUUUCAAAUUUGUAAAAAUUAUUUCAGAUUUGUCGUUCGCAUUUAAAUGCGAAUAUUAGUGAUAUCAAAGGAAGGAAAGAAAGUUGACGAAAAAAUAUGUCUCCCCCUUAGAAUGCAUGCACCUCGCGAGAAUAAAUCUUUCUUUCUCUUGCUUUCACUCGAAACGCUUGGGUGUCGAUGAUGCAACAGUGCUCGCCAUUUUUUCUGAAUGCGUUUGCUUAUACACUGAACUUUUUUACCAAUAGUAUCAGUGUUUUAAUAAUAAAUAAAUAGAUUAAGAAUAAAUAAAGAAAAACGGAAAUAGAUAAUAAAUGCGAUUAGAUGUUUUUAUUCGACCUAAGAGAAAUCUGGAACCUUACGAGGUACCGGCGUUUUUAUCCUAACGAUAAGUCUAAAGAUUAUUUUCGAAGAAAUACGAUCGUUAGUCAUUAGCGUUUACGUAAACCCAACACACAUCUGCUUAUUUUGCGCUAGCUUUAAUAUUUUUUUUUCUUUUUUUUUUUUUUUUUUUUGUAUUUUUUACUCAUUUUAUUUUUUGUUUUUUUUCGUAUUUUUUCUUUCAUUUUUUUUUAUUUAUUUUUUUUUUUAUUUUUUUUUUAUUUUUUUAUUUUUUUUUUUGUUUUCUCCCUUUCUUUCUUUAAGUUUUUCUUCACGUUUUUUUAUUGUUAUUUUAUCGGUUGGCUACCAAGGAUGGAGAAAGAUAUCCAAAGCAAUUGGAAUUGUAUUUCUUGAAUCGUCUGUGUUUAUAGAAAUGUCCAUUGUACCGCUCGUCUUCCGCGACUGGUGGGAGGAUAUGGAUCGUCCUGUGUCACGAAUCUGGGAUCAAUACUUCGGUAGGGGACUAAAUCGAGACGAUUUGAUCUCUGAAUUUUCCAACCUUGGCAUCAACCGACCAUUUCCAACUCCGUUUCGUUCACUUUUGGGGAACAACAGCACGUACUACCGACCAUGGAGAACGGUGACACGACAAAACUCUGGUGGUUCGAGUACAAUCAAAAUGGAGAAAGAUAACUUUCAGGUAAUACUGGACGUUCAGCAAUUCUCACCGGACGAGAUCACAGUGAAGACGGUCGAGAAGAACGUUGUGGUCGAAGCCAAACACGAGGAGAGACAAGACGAACAUGGAUUUAUCAGUAGACACUUUGUGCGGAGAUACGUUCUGCCCACGGAUUACGAUGCGAUCAACGUUACCUCGACGCUUUCCUCCGACGGUGUUUUAACAAUUACGGCACCGAGAAAGGUAAUUUCUCUUUCUCUUUAUCUGCUGCCACUUUCCCUCCCGCUCCUCCUCACUCCUAUCGUCAGGCGAAUCCGAAAUUAUAGUAAGCCUCGGAUUCGCCCACCUCUCUGCUUUCUCCGCUACUGUCGAUUCACGAAAACCGCGAAUGGACAGCGGGACACCUUUCGUCCCUCCCUCUUUCUUUCUUUCUUUGUUUCUUUUUUUUUUCUUUCUUUCUUUUCUUUCCAACCUUUAAUUCCAACCUUCCAAUGCCGUGGGCUUCUCUUUUCUCCCUGCUAGGCUAUUGCGUGCUCUUACAGAUGGUUGCCCACACGAUCUAAUUUUACGACACUGAGCUAAACGAUAAAAAGAAUAUACAACUUAUUAACGUUCAAGUACUUGACAAGACAAAAGUACACUUUUUUCGUUUUGUUAGCUUUUUUAUUUUCUUUUGUAUUUUUUUUUUUUGUUUUUUUUUUGUUUUUUUUUUUGUUUUUUUGCUUUCUUUCAAUUUUCGAGAUCGAGAGAAGCGCUCGUUGCAUCUUAGCGCUUCGUUUUAAUUUAAAUUGUUAUGAGAUCGAUACGAUACGAAUGUUAAGAAUUUAUAAGAAAGAAUUGGGUCCAUUUAACGUAAUAAAAAAACAAAGAGCAAA